CUGUCGACCAGCCGCAUUGACGACAUCGUGAAGACCGCAUUAGCCGAAGUGCCUUCGGCGUUCAAUUCCCAGUCGAACCGAGUAAUCGUUCUUCACGGCGCACAACACGAGAGGCUAUGGAACAUCACAGAGGACAUUCUGAAGGCCAAAGUGCCGGAAGAAAAAUGGGGACGAACUCAUGCGAAGAUGGCAAUGUUCAAACGCGCAGCAGGAACAAUAUUGUUUUUCGUGGAUGAAGAGGUCGUAGAAGAUUUGCAGGAAACUUACAAGACCUAUGCCGAUACUGUUCCGUUCUGGGCGGCGCAGAGUGACGGCAUGCUGCAAUACGCUCUGUGGACACUGCUAGCAGGGGAAGGCAUCGGUGCCAACUUGCAACACUACAAUCCUCUGAUUGAUGAACAGGUUGAGAGGGUUUGGAAUGUGCCAAAAGAAUGGAAGUUGAGCGGCCAGCUGGUGUUCGGCGGAAUCACCGGGAAGCCCGGCUCCAAAGGAUACAUGCCGAUGGAAGAUCGAUUCAAGUCAUAUGCAUAG